GAUCAAAGAGGGAACAUCACAAAAGCAAAAGCAAGGCGGAAGCGAAGAAGAUCACAGCAAGAAGGGCACAGAUUCAUUUCCCAUUAGAGAGAGAUCAUCAGAAUGCUUAUGAAAAGCCUAUAAGGAGGUCCCUCGCCGAAGCAAAGCAUCGGAGCCCCCCCCCCCCCCCCCCCCCCCCCCCCCCCGGAAGUUCGAAACCGCACCAUGAGCGGCGGUGGCUGGCGAGGUGCUAACGACUUUGCUCUGGCACCAGAUGAAUUGGAGGCUGGCUGGGGAUACAUCAGCUACCCUCCGACUCCGACUCCGACUGGCCGCUCUCUGGAUCCAGGAGUCGCGGUGUUCCCCCGUUCUGUUUCCUCUAAUAGGAAUGGUACCGGCAGAGGAGUUUUACCGGAGCCAGGUUGGCCGACGGAUGUGCGAGUGGUGGCAGGGCCCUUGAGUUUAGCUGGCCCGCAAGCAACCCAGUCUCAAGUUCCAGCGCCCCGAUCCACAGUUCCGGAAAAUGUGAACCCCUGGAGGGCCCGAGUGGCCAUGCCAGAGCCUCCGUCUCCCCAGAUAUUCACAGGCCAGUGGGGAAUGCCAGAGCAGGCCCGAUCCGAGGAAGACUCAAGACUAACACGCGACGAGCAGAAAGCGGUCCUAAAGAAGUUGAAGAAGGAAAUCUACAACCCUAGUCCGAAGAGAUUCUCAAGGAGGGUGAGCCUGUACUACAGAGAGCAGGCCAGAAACGGGGCCUCAGCGGCCAUGAGGAAUGGACCCGACGACGAUGAUGACAAGAGAUGUGCAAUCUGCUUGGAGGAUUUCGAGCCCCGGGAGGAGGUCAGGGUUACCCCUUGUGACCACAUGUUCCACGAGGAGUGCAUCUCCCCGUGGGUUAAGAGUCACGGGCAGUGCCCCGUUUGCCGGUCAGUGUUCUGUGACAGACUGAGGCAGAACCAGUCCUCGUACAACAAUAACAACGCUCGGACUUUCAUGGGUAAUGAACUGCUCGCUCAAGAGAUUGCUUCGAUGAUACAGGUGGUGGAGGAGGCUAUCCGAGGGGGCAGGAUAGGCCAUUGAUACCAUAAGCGUUAAGGCUUAUAUAUGCAUGUAAUUAGAUUCAUGUCUGAUGCAUAACACUUGUGUUGCAAUGUCUACAUACUAUUGAGAAUCAGAGAUUCGGACAAAUUACUAUGCAGCGUGGAAUAAAAACCGACUCUUCUUCAAGC